AUGUCAGCUCGCGGUGGCGAUCCAUCCCCAUCACCUUCCACAUCGUCAUCUUUCACAGGCCUCAAGUAUGUAUCAAUUCUCGAUGAUAGGACGAGGAUGAUUCCCGCAGAAAAGCUCGGCUAUGGGGCAUGUCGAUCCGUGAACGAAUUCGUGAAGCUGAAUCGUAUUGGAGAGGGUACUUAUGGAAUUGUCUACCGAGCAAGGGACUCCAAAAGUGGACAAGUGGUGGCCUUGAAGAAAGUACGUGUUGAUAGCAAAAUGAGCGCUCAGAUGGGCAUUUCGGACUCGGCCCUUCGAGAAAUUGUUCUGCUAAAGAAACUGAGGCAUGAGAACAUUGUAGAAUUAAAGGAAGUAGCAGUGUCACGAGAUCCACAGGGCAUGUUUCUUGUCAUGGAAUACUGUGAGCAGGACCUGGCUAAACUUCUAGAUGAAAUGGUUCAUCCGUUUACAGAACCGCAAAUCGACAAGAUAAUCGGGCUGCUCGGUACGCCCACUACAAAAAUUUGGGCUGAACUUGAUUCGAUGCCAUUGCUCGAGAACUUCACAUUGAAAACUCAGCCAUUCAACAAUGUCAAGGUGGUCUUUGAGUCAGCAUCUCCGUUAGCUGUGGAUCUGCUGAAUGCAUUGUUCACGUAUGACCCAAAGAAGAGGAUCAGCGCGGCAGCCGCUCUGGCGCAUCCGUUCUUCACGGUGAGACAGCUUGUGCAUCUUCCAUUUUAUUGCAGUAAAUGCAAACAA